AUGCCUCCAAGACUACGAUGCCCGGCCGCUUGCAGGUUUAGCUCCUCUAUCAGCCCUUCGAGGAUACCCCUUCGGUCCGCCGCUCUCCUAUGGUCGUCUGCACCCAAAGCGUCGACCCCGGCGAGACGGCACGCGAGCUCCCAGGCUGCCUUGCCCAAUCUGCUAAGACUCCCGGAUGGCUACGUGCCGCCCACAAAGCCGCCCACUGCUCGUCCGUCGGAUACGAGAAAGGCCCAGCUGCUCCGCACCUAUACCUCCCUCCUCCGGUCGACGCCGCUGAUACUCCUCUUCCAACACAACAACCUCACGGCGGUGGAGUGGGCAGCAGUACGGCGAGAGCUGAAUGUCGCCCUCUCCAAGGUCCCGGUCUCCUCCGGGGAUGGAGACGACGUCGCCUCCAAUAUCCACCUCAGCGUGAUAAGGACGCGCAUCUUCGAUGUUGCCUUGAAGCUCGUCGAGUUCUACGAUCCCUCCACGGUUGGCCCGACGGAAACAACAACCGCGAGGGGCGCCAAGACGGCGGCCGUGUACAACCACGACCUCUCCAAGUCGGCAUUCGAUGCCGUCAAGGCCGUCACGAGCGGCGAGACGCCGAUACCAGAGUCUUCGGCCUACGCCCAGCUCGCGCCCUUACUGGUCGGGCCAGUGAGCAUUCUCACCUUCCCCUCCGUGUCGCCGACUCACUUGGCUGCUGCUCUGAGCAUUCUCUCCCCAAGCCCCCCGGCGUUCCCUGCGCCGACCAGAAGGAAGAGCCCGGGCUACUACGACCCCAUCGCACAGAGUGGCCUGCAGAAGCUGAUGCUGAUUGGUGGACGAGUCGAGGGCAAGGUCUUUGACAUUGACGGGGUGAAAUGGAUUGGCGGCAUCGAGGGCGGUCUCGAGGGCCUGCGCGCCCAGCUCGUUGCCAUGCUGCAGAGCGCUGGGCUUGGACUUACGGCUGCUUUGGAAGGCGCUGGCAAGAGCCUGUGGCUUACGAUGGAGAGCCGGAGGUCUGUGCUGGAAGAGGCUGAGAAAGGCCCGGCUGAGGAGGCUCCGGCAGCGGGAACCCCAACAGCGGACGCCCCAGCAGAGGGCGAGAAGAAGGAAUGGAGCUGA